UGAACAGGCACUAUGGAUUGGGGGACCCUGCACACGUUCAUUGGGGGUGUCAACAAACACUCCACCAGCAUUGGGAAGGUGUGGAUCACAGUCAUCUUUAUUUUCCGCGUCAUGAUCCUUGUGGUGGCUGCCCAAGAAGUGUGGGGUGAUGAGCAGGAAGACUUUGUCUGCAACACUCUGCAACCUGGAUGCAAAAACGUAUGCUACGACCACUUUUUCCCAGUGUCCCACAUUCGGCUGUGGGCCCUGCAACUGAUCUUCGUGUCCACCCCAGCACUGCUGGUGGCCAUGCACGUGGCCUACUACAGGCAUGAAACUGCCCGAAAAUUCAAGCGAGGGGAGAAGAGGAAUGAAUUCAAAGACAUAGAGGACAUUAAAAAGCAGAAGGUUCGGAUAGAGGGGUCGCUGUGGUGGACGUACACCAGCAGCAUCUUCUUCCGAAUCAUCUUUGAGGCCUCCUUUAUGUACGUGUUUUACUUCCUUUACAAUGGGUACCACCUGCCCUGGGUGUUGAAAUGUGGGAUCGAGCCCUGCCCCAACCUCGUUGACUGCUUUAUUUCUAGGCCGACAGAGAAAACUGUGUUCACCAUUUUUAUGAUCUCUGCAUCUGUGAUUUGUAUGCUGCUUAAUGUGGCCAAAUUGUGUUAUCUGCUGCUAAAAGUAUGUUUCAGGAGAUCAAAAAGAGCACAGACCCAAAAAAAUCACCCCAACCAUGCCCUAAAAGAGAGUAAGCAAAAUGAAAUGAAUGAGCUGAUUUCAGAUAGUGGCCAAAAUGCAAUCACAGGUUUUCCAAGUUAAACAUUUCCAGGUAAAAUGUAGCUGAGUCAAUAGCAAAACAUCUUCCUUCUCCAGAAGGCAAUGCCAACCUGAGAUUUCCUUCCCUAGGAUGAAGAGUUUGUCUUUAUACAUGACUUUCAUGGUAAAUAGAUACUUGCAUUAACUUUUUGUAGAAUACUCGUGCCGUUUAUAUGCAGCAUAAUCAAAUAUGGGGUUCAUCUCUGAAAACAAAAGACUGGUUGACACUGAGCCUUGAAGUCACUUUGACACGUUGGUUUUAAGUGGACUGUCUGACAUGGUGGGUACUUCCUGAAACUUUAGUAACCCUUGUUGAUAAGGAACAAUUAUCUAGAAAUUGGUACUUUUAUGGGUAAAAGAUAUUUUUAUAGGAUUGAAUGUUUUUAGUUCUGACUUUGAAUUUAUAUAAAGUAUUUUUAUAAUGACUGAAAAAAACAUACAAUGUUAGUUUUAAAAUUGUACCACAAGUAUCUGAAUUUUGAGCUUAGAAAGGGUAAAUAAUUGUUUUGCAUUGUCUGUUGGUAAAUUUAUGAACUGUCAUGACACUCUUAAGGUGGAACGUGUUCCCUGUACUAUAUAUUUUUACUGCUUUCUGAAUGUAGAGGGGCAGUAUGGAAGGGGGAAGCUUUUUCAAACUAGCCUAUUUGCCAAUCAUCAUGAACAACUGAAGUGUGAGUGUGAUUGCCUCAAUAAAGCUCGGUCCCUGCCUAAGCCUUC